AUGGGUGACCGGCUGAGCUCUCCCAUGGUGGAGCUAGCCCAGCCACUGGAAGGGCCACGGCCCCACCCCCACAGCAGCCUGGAGCAGGAGUCUGGUGCUGAGGCCCAGGGCCGCGCUGUGCCCAUCCGGAUGGAGGGCGUGGCCUGGCCGGGGGCAAGCACAGGAGAGCUGCUCUGGGACGUCCAUAGCCACGUGGUCACUGAGACCACGCAGAGAACCUAUGUCUACCAGAGUACCGGCUCAGAGACCACACAAAGGACCCACGUGUACAGUGCCACGGAUGUAGGAGCUGCAAGGCCCCCGUGCAUGCAGGUGACCAUCGAGGAUGUGCAGGUGCUGGCAGGUGACACUGCACGGUUUGAGGCUGUCAUUGAGGGGAGCCCGCAGCCUAUGGUGACUUGGUACAAGGACGAUGUCCAGCUGGUGGACAGCACCCGCCUCAGCCAGCAGCAGGAAGGAGCCACCUACGCCCUGGUGCUGCGGGAUGUGGCCCCGCAGGACGCUGGCGUCUACACCUGCCUGGCCAGCAACGCCGGUGGCCAGGUGCUCUGCAAGGCUGAGCUGCUGGUCCAGGGGGCAGGCAGCACGCUGGACUCUGAGAAGCAGAGCUGUCGGAGGAAGCUGCAAUCCUUCUACGAGGUCAAGGAAGAGAUCGGAAGGGGUGCGUUUGGCUUUGUGAGAAGAGUGCAGCACAAAGGCAACCAGCUGUGCUGCGCGGCCAAGUUCAUCCCGCUGCGGGGAGGCAGGGCGCAGGCGCACCGGGAGCGCGACAUCCUGGCCUCGCUGAGCCACCCGCUGCUCACCGGGCUGCUGGACCAGUUUGAGACGCGCAAGACCCUCAUCCUGGUCCUGGAGCUGUGCUCCUCCGAAGAACUGCUGGACCGCCUGUUCAGGAAGGGCGUGGUGACCGAGGCUGAGGUCAAGGUCUACAUCCAGCAGCUGGUGGAGGGACUGCAUUAUCUGCACAGCCACGGUGUCCUUCACCUGGACAUAAAGCCGCCCAACAUCUUGAUGGUGCACCCUGCUCGGGAGGACAUUAAGAUCUGUGACUUCGGCUUUGCCCAGAAAGUCUCCCCCACAGAGCCGCAGUACAGCGCCUAUGGCUCCCCCGAGUUCGUGGCCCCCGAGAUCAUCGAGCAGACCCCCGUGAGCGAGGCCUCUGACAUCUGGGCCAUGGGGGUCAUCUCCUACCUCAGCCUGACCUGCUCGUCCCCAUUUGCGGGCGAGAGUGACCGAGCCACCCUUCUGAACAUCCUGGAGGGGCGGGUGUCCUGGGGCAGCCCGGCGGCCGCCCACCUCAGCGAGGACGCCAGGGACUUCCUCAAGGCCACUCUGCAGAGGGCCCCAGGGGCACGGCCCAGCGCCUCGCAGUGCCUUGCACACCCCUGGUUCCUGAAUUCCGUGCCAGCCGAGGAGGCCCAGUUCGUCAGCACCAAGCAGCUCAAGUUCCUCCUGGCCCGAAGCCGCUGGCAGCGCUCCCUGAUGAGCUACAAGUCCAUCCUGGUGAUGCGCUCCAUCCCCGAGCUGCUCCACGGCCCGCCUGACAGCCCCUCGCUGGGAGUGGCCCGGCACCUGCGGGGCGAGGCCGAUGCCUCCUCCAGCUCCUCCUCCUCCUCGGACACCGAGCUGGCCCCCUUCGCCAGGGCCAAGUCGCUGCCUCCCUCCCCAGUGACCCACUCCCCGCUGUUGCACCCCAGGGGCUUCCUGCGGCCCUCGGCCAGCCUGCCAGAAGAGGCCGAGGCCAGUGGGUCCCUGGUGGCAGCAGCCCCGCUGGCAUCACCCCAAGGCACUGGGCCGGUGCCCCGGCACAGCGUCAUCCACAGCCUGUUCUACCAGCAGGCAGGCGAGGGCCCCACCCCAGGGGGCAGGCGGCACCCGGCCCGGCGGCGGCACCUGCUGAAGGGUGGGUACAUCGCCAGGGCGCUGCCGGGCCUGCGGGAGCCGCUGAUGGAGCACCGGGCCCUGGAGGAGGCGGCUGCCAACCUGCCACCAGCCCAGCCCCCUGUUCCGGGGGACAAGUGUCCACCACCGGCCCCCUUGGCGCUGGCCUCGGGGGUCUCUGCCAGGGAGACGGCGCACCCCCAGGGCUCCCUGCAGGGACAGGAGCACCUCCCAUGGUCUGGGGGUGACCCAGCCCUGCUGGAGGGGACGUCCCAGGACAGCUGUCAGGGGCAGCUGGCGCCCCUCCACCUCCCCGAGCAGGGCCCUGUUCCCAGAGAGGGCCGUGGUCCCCUGUCAGCUGCUGCCUCAGCCCCUCCCGGCUCCUCCUGGCUGGAGUCCCCCUCCCCAGACAGACCCCUACCAAGCUCCAAGAUGGAGCCCCAGGACAUGUCCCUUCCAGGCCCCUCCCUAGAGGCCAGGGGAUCCCCCGACUCCACACCCCCCCCGCAGCGGCCACAGGAGCAGGCGACCACACGGAAGUUCUCCCUGGGGUCACGGGGGGGCUACGCAGGGGUGGCAGGCUACGGCACCUUCGCCUUCGGGGGGGAUGCUGGGGGCAUGCUGGGGCAGGGCCCCCUGUGGGCCAGGCUGGCCUGGGCUGUGUCCCAGUCCUCAGAGGAGCAGGAUGAGGCUGCAGCCGAGAGCCCACUGCCCCCGGCCAGUGUAGGGGAGGUGCCUGAGGCUGGUGGGAGUCCCCCAAGGGCCUUUCCGGAGCUGGGCUUGGGGGAGGAUAGCGGGCAGGUCUCCCUGGUGCAGAUCCGGGACUUGUCGGGGGACGCGGAGGCCGCUGACACUGUCUCCCUGGACAUCUCUGAGGUGGACCCUGCCUACCUGAACCUCUCUGAUCUGUACGACAUCAAGUACCUGCCGUUCGAGUUCAUGAUCUUCAGCAGGGUCCCCCGGCCCGAGCCGCCCUCCCCCGAGGACGAGGACAGGGAUGAGCCCGAGCCCGAGCCGGCUGAGCCCCCAGAGGCAGCGUGGCCCUGGCCCGGGUGGGGGGUGGGCCCAGGAGUCCGCCUGGAGAUCACAGAGGAGCCGGAGGACCUGGAGGCGCUGCUGGGGGCAGCCUCUGUGGGCAGGAAGCGCAAGUGGCCCUCGCCUCCCCGCGGCCUCUUCCAGUUCCCCGGGGGCUGCCUGCCGCUGGAGGAGCCGCCGGAGCUGGGGCUGCGGCAGAGGGUGAAGGCCUCCAUGGCACACAUUUCCAGGGUCCUGAAGGGCCGGCAGGAAGGUGUGGAGAAGGAGGGCCCCCCCAGGAAGAAGCCUGGCCUCGCCUCCUUCCGCCUGUCAGGUCUGAGGGGCCGGGACCGAGCACCGACCUUCCUAAGGGAGCUCUCAGAUGAGACGGUGGCCCUGGGCCAGUCCGUGACACUGGCCUGCCAGGUGUCGGCCCAGCCACCUGCACAGGCCACGUGGAACAAGGACGGGGCCGUCCUGGAGAGCAGCAGCCGCCUCCUCAUCUCCUCCACCCUCAAGAACUUCCAGCUGCUGACCAUCCUGGUGGUGACCGCCGAGGACCUGGGCGUGUACACGUGCAGCGUGACCAACCCGCUGGGCACGGCGGCCACCACGGCCACCCUCCGGAGGGCAGAGCGCCCCUCAGCAUCCCCACGCCCUGACAUCGGGGAGGUGUAUGAAGAUGGCGUGCUGCUUGUCUGGAAGCCCGUGGAGGCGUGCGGCCCCGUCACCUACAUCGUGCAGUGCAGCCUGGAAGGAGGCAGCUGGACGACCCUGGCCUCCGACAUCUUCGACUGCUGCUACGUCACCAGCAGGCUGUCCCGGGGUGGCGUGUACGCCUUCCGCACGGCCUGCGUGAGCAAGGCAGGGAUGGGCCCCUACAGCAGCCCCUCGGAGCAGGUCCUCUUGGGGGGGCCCAGCCGCCUGGGCUCGGAGGAGGAGAGCAGCCAGGGGCGGCCAGCCCAGCCCCUCCCUAGCACCAAGACCUUCGCCUUCCAGACGCAGAUCCGCAGAGGCCGCUUCAGCGUCGUCCGGCAGUGCCGGGAGAAGGCCAGCGGGCGGGCACUGGCCGCCAAGAUCAUUCCAUACCAGCCUGAGGCCAAGACGGCCGUGCUGGGCGAGUACGAGGCACUCAAGGGCCUGCGCCACCCCCACCUGGCCCAGCUGCACGCCGCCUACCUCAGCCCGAGGCACCUGGUGCUCGUCUUGGAGCUGUGCGCCGGGCCGGAGCUGCUGCCCUGUCUGGCGGAGAGGGUCUCCUACUCGGAAUCGGAGGUGAAGGACUACCUGUGGCAGAUGCUGAGCGCCGCCCAGUACCUGCACGCCCAGCGCAUCCUGCACCUGGACCUCAGGUCCGAGAACAUGCUGGUCACUGACUACAACCUGCUCAAGGUGGUGGACCUGGGCAGCGCCCGGAGCCUCAGCCAGGAGCCGGUGGUGCCACCAGAGCACUUUAAGGACUACGUGGAGACCAUGGCCCCCGAGCUCCUGGACGGCCAGGGCGCCAUUCCACAGACGGACAUCUGGGCCAUCGGCGUGACCGCCUUCAUCAUGCUCAGCGCAGAAUACCCGGUGAAUGGCGACGGUCCGCGCGAACUGCAGCGGGGCCUGCGCAAGGGGCUCCCGCGGCUGGGCCGCUGCUACGCCGGGCUGUCGGGCGGCGCCGUGUCUUUCCUGCGCAGCACGCUCAGCGCGCAGCCCUGGGGCCGGCCCUGUGCCUCCAGCUGCCUGCAGUGCCCCUGGCUGACCGAGGAGGGCCCGGCUGCCCAGCCCGCACCCGUGGCCUUCCCCACAGCACGCCUGCGCGCCUUCGUGCGCGAGCGGGAGAAGCGACGCGCGCUGCUGUGCAGGAGGUACCGCCCAGGCCAGGGGCGCUGAGGGAUCGCGGCCGCCCCUGAAACCUGCCCCCAAUAAAUAAGCUGUGCCCCGAG